CCAGCCAGUAAUAUCCCGACACUUUCUGUCUGCGUGCAGUGUUAGUACAUGUGGUAUAUUGCUCAUUUUGGGUUUCGCAAUUUUGCUUCCUUUGAACGAAAAUCGUUUCUUCCAGAGAGCUUGGCUGUAGCUAGUACCCGAGUAAAAGCGCAUUUAACUCAAAUGGGGAAACCCAAAGAGGACUCCCGCUGUCAAAAUGGCCAAACACAGGUUGAUAAGGAUAUCGUGAGAGCUAAUGGCCAUGCAAGCGAAACAGACAACCGGCCUUUCAGCAUCAGCUGCGAGUGGGACAUCAAACAGACUCAACAAUUUUCAGAUGAUGGAACUAAUACUUAUUUCUGGAGAGCACAUACUGUGACGGUAUUGUUAAUAAUGUUAUGUGUCCUGGUCUACGUUGGAGCAUUUGAGAACCCACAUGAAAAUAGUGAAUAUAAUGCAAAGAGAGGAAUUAUAGCCUGUAUUGUCGUGUUUCUAUUGUUUGGUGUGACUCAGACCAGGGAUGGCCCCUUUAAAAGACCUCACCCAGCCUUCUGGCGUCUUAUUCUUUGCCUAAGUGUUGUUUAUGAACUAGCUUUAAUAUUUCUGUUAUUUCAGAGCACUGAUGAUGCAAGGCAGUUAUUAAAGUAUCUUGAUGAAGAUUUAGGUAAACCACUGCCAGAGCAAUCUUAUGGAGAAGACUGUAGACUGUAUACACCAGGACACCCCAAGGGAUCCUUCCACAACUUUCUUGAAAAGUGUGAUGUCUUUCUACCAGCUCAUUUCUUUGGCUGGUGGGCAAAGGCACUCAUUAUCCGUGAUUACUGGUUGUUGACUGUGAUUAGUGUUCUCUUUGAAGUCUUGGAAUACUCUUUGGAGCAUCAGUUACCCAACUUCAGUGAAUGUUGGUGGGAUCAUUGGAUUAUGGAUGUUCUCGUCUGUAAUGGCUUUGGAGUUUACCUUGGUAUGAAGACUUGUGAAUAUCUAGGAAAUAAGCCAUAUCACUGGAGGGGUUUAUGGAACAUUCCCACAUACAGGUAGAGUGACUGUUUCUCUGUUGUGUUUGCGUGCCAGACUAAAUCUUUAACUUGCCAAUCACGAAGCUAGGAAGGGAGAAAAUAUGGUAGUUGAAGAAAAUCAGGGGUGUGUUGCCCUCAGCAGCAUGCAAAGGAAGUCAUGUGCCAUAACCUAGGGCUUUUGCAGGUUAAUGGUUUCUGUCCUCG